AUGGCGUCCUCUGUCGGCUCCGACGUGUUUGCGAUCCUCGCAUUCCUGACCAUCUCGACAGUAGUCCUGUUCGUCCUGCGACACUAUCUCCCGCUGCGAAAGACGCCGGCCUUCCUUUUGAUCCCGAUCUUCCUCGCCCUCGCCCUCCCUGCGAGCGCCAUCCUAUUGGUGCCGGUCGAUCUCGCGUCGAGCGCACGAGAGAGCAAUCAUGGAGGAAAAGGAAUCUGGCUGCCAAACAGAGCGGUGUUGGUCGCAUGGAGAAUCGUCUAUUGGCUGACCUUCGUCCUGACCUGGGUCGUGCUGCCACUUCUGGGGGAUUACAUGGACGCCGGGUACCGCGACCCACGAUCUCGCAUGAUCUACUCGUUGCGGUCGAAUGCACGGUACCAGCUCAUUGUGCUUGGCUGCGCCGUCGCGGGUCUGGUCUACAUGAUCUUGUCCUACGGCUUCGACUUCACGGCUAUCCGAGGCCUCGUCAUGGCGCUGGCCUAUGUCUGGGGUCUGAUUCUGGCCAUCUACCUCAUGGGCCACGGCCUGGUUGCGUUGCCGAGAAAGAUGUUCCGGAAAGCAGAUAUCAGCGGCAGCUUGCGCCGAGUCCACACCCAAGCACCCAGAGUGCACGAUAACCUGGAGGAUGCCAGUCUCGCCCUGGAGGAACUCGAAGCGCAGGUGAUGCAGCUGAAGCAGAGGAAGACCGGAACGGCCCGAGAUUUUCAAGAAUGGAUAGAAGACCUGGUCGACAUGACGGGUCAAGUGGAAAGCCGCAUCUUUGCCAACCCAACCACCAUCGACGCCUCGGCGAAGGUCCCAGCCGUCAUCACCGAACGAUAUCUCGCCGACCUGACUCGAAGACUCGUCCGAGCCCGCCACCGCCGGGCAAGAUAUAUUCGCGAAUGGGACAAUCUCGUGCAGACGGCUUCCGACCUCCAAACGAUCCUCGAUUCUCGGGCAUCCAAAAGGCUGGAUUUCGGCCGGUCCCCGUCCUCGUCCUUCUUGGGCCGCGUUUCCCUCAUGACUCCAUUCAUGCGCUACCACCUGUACGUCCACGUCAUUCCAGCCUGGAGGAUCGCCACGGGCGGACUCUUCUCGCUCGCCUCCGUGGCCGUGAUCUGGUCUGAGAUCAUCAAAUUCCCCGCCCCGCAUCUCUCCGCGGUCAGCCUCACGGUCAUCCACCAUCCCAGCGACAAGAACUACCAGAUUGGGUUCGGCGGCCAGGUCAUGGCGUCCGUGUGGAUCACAUACAUGUGCGUGUGCGCGCUGAGCAGCUUCAGCGACGUACCGACCUGGAAGCAGCGGGCGCUGGUCAAGAGGAACACGUAUCCGGAAUCGGCCUGCUGGUAUUCCGGCCAGAUCGCCAAGCUGACCGUCCCGUUGGCCUACAAUUUCCUCACCUUCCUCCCCCAGGACAUCCAGCAGACCUCCACCUUCUACCACUUCCUCGGCCGGCUCAUCAACCUGACCCCGCUGGGCACAUGGUUCGACUACCUGUUCCCCAUCUUCAUCUUGAUCCCCGUGUGCGCCACGCUUUUCAACCUGUACGGGAAAAUCAAACAUGUCUUGGGCUUCGGCAUCCUCGAGGAGGCCGAUGACGAGGAGGAGGGUAAUCCGUCCGGCUUCGGCACCGGCGGAUGGCGCGAGGGCCGCGACCUCAUCACCCGUGAUCUACACGGCAACAGCCGGCACACGAGUCUGGGCGUCUCCGAUCCGCCGCGGUCGUCUUCUUCCUUUGACGUGGCCCGCACAUCCCGUCCCAGCCCGACGAGAUGGGUGCCCUCCUCCGCGGCGGACAGGGCGACGUUAGGCGUCUCCAACUCACGCACAUCAGCUACGGGCCGUGCUGGCUCGAGGGCCGCUCUGGACCCGGAACCGGAGGAGGAGAACUUCUUCGCCCUGUUCGGCCGGAGGGUCAAGAAUACACUCGACUCCCUGGACACCCCGAAGUGGAUGCAGGUGACGGGUCCGAGGUCUCGCGCCGGAGGUGGAGCCCUCAAGCGCCCGAAAUGGUUGGGAGGCGGUAGUGAUGAAUCUUCAUCUUCCCGACCUCCAGACGCGAAUUCCGGCGUCGACUCGGGCCCUAAUAUCCUGGGAUUAUUUGGUUCACGCUCAAGUGACGGAAGAAUCAUGUUAUAG